AUGAAGCACUUAAAGAAGCUCUACAGAUCCAUCUUUCUCAACUUGGUACAUGUCUGCCUGGCUAUUCAAGCAGAUUAUGCUCCCUACUUCUACGACAAUGACUCAAACAACACCAAUGGAAAUAUGGCCCUGUUGAGCAUUCCUGAGGAUACACCUAUAGGAACACAAGUAUACAUUUUAAAUGGGACAGAUCUGGAAGGAAAUUCAGUGAAAUAUGGUAUGACAUUUCAACCUGGUUCAAAACAUUACUUUACCGUGAAUUCACAAUCAGGAAAAGUCACGCUGGUUGAGGAGCUGGACAGAGAGAAAGAAGAUGAAGUUGAAGUACUUGUCAGCAUUUCAGAUGGCUUGAAUAAAGUUGUGGAAAAGGUUCUAAUUCUUGUCACGGAUGCUAAUGAUGAGAGCCCACAAUUCAUCAAUGCACCUUAUAUCAUCGAUGUCCCUGAGAAUACACCUUCAGGGAGCAGCAUAUUCAAGGUCUCUGCGACAGACAAAGACAAUGGAUCUGGAGGCAGUAUAACAUAUUUUCUACAGAAUGUACGAAUAAAAAGAUUUUCAAUGGAUCGACAUAGCGGCAUCCUUCGAAUAAGGCCGGGCAUUUCUCUCGACUUUGAGAAGUCCAGGACUCAUUUUGUCACUAUUAUAGCCAAGGACGGAGGUGGGAAGCUCAAAGGAAAGUAUAAGGUUUGGUCUUCAACAGCUACCAUAACAAUUAAUGUGGUGGAUGUCCAGGACACCCUCCCUAUAUUUGCUGGAACACCAUAUUUUGGAUAUGUCUAUGAGGAUACAAAGGCUGGUUCUGCAAUAUUUAGUGUGGCGGCAUAUGAUGGCGACCGUGGUAACCCAAACCCGGUCUUUUACACAAUUGUAAACGGAAGUGAUGAAUCUUUUGAAAUAAAUAAUUCAAGUGGAGUCAUUACAGUUCUUGAAACUACAGAUCUUCUUAAAAAGACCCUCUACAAACUUUUAAUUCAGGCCUCAGAAAUUAACCCUGACAGUGACGUGGAAGCAUUUACAACUACCACAGUUCGCAUCCAAGUGGUGGAUCUCAAUGAUCAUCCGCCAAUGUUUUACGGUGAAAAUGGGCCUCAGUCACAUUUUGAAAUUACAAUGUACGAGCAUCCCCCUGAAGGAGAGAUAUUGCGAGGACUGAAAAUAACAGUAAAUGACUCCGAUCAGGGAACAAAUGCACAAUUCAACCUUAAACUGGUGGGUCCUGAAGGCAUAUUUCGAGUUAUUCCCCAAACAGUUCUCAACAAAGCACAAGUGACAAUAAUAGUGGAGAACUCAGCUGCCAUUGACUAUGAAAAGUCCCAACUUUUUACCUUCAAGCUCCUUGCUGUGGAGACAGACACUCCAGAGAAGUUCAGUUCUACAGCUGACAUUACCAUUCAUCUUGUCGACACAAACGACAAUAUUCCCAAAUUCACCUCAGACUUCUACAUCGCACGUAUCCCGGAAAAUUCACCUGGGGGCUCCACAAUCAUAUGCAUCACUGCAAAUGAUCCAGAUUCUGGGAAGUGGGGAGAAACCAAGUAUUCCAUAUACGGAAUAGGUGCUGAUCUGUUUUUGAUUCACCCCACCACGGGAAUAGUUUAUACUCAGCCUUGGGCUGAGCUGGAUGCUGAAGUGCAAUCUAAAUACAGCUUUUACGUCAAGGCAGAAGAUGUGGAAGGAAAGUACAGUCUGGCUGAAAUCUUUGUAACAGUUCUAGAUAUGAAUGAUCACUAUCCAGAAUUUAACGAGAACAUUUUGCAGAAGGUUAUGAUUCUGGGGUCAACUAUAAAAGUCGAGGCCACGGAUGAUGAUGCUGAAGAGCCGAAUAACAUUGUGGACUACUCAAUAAUGCAAGCAGAUCCAGCAAACGUUUUUGACAUUGAUCACGCCACGGGAGAGAUAGCGCUGAAAUCCUAUAUCAAAUCUCUGGAAGUCAUUUACAAUAUAACAAAAAAUAAAGACUGCCAGUGGUCACUGGUGAUACAAGCGAAAGAUAGAGGCUCCCCUUCAUUCAGCACAACAGCCGUGGUGAAGAUCGAUAUAACAGAAGAGACUUCUGGGAAAGGGCCCAUGUCAUCCUUUUUGUUGCAAACUAAAGAUAACCCUAUGAAAGCCCUAGGAGUGAUAGCUGGAGUAGUUUGUUUUUUUGUGUUGCUUACAAUCUUGAUUUCAACGGCCAUGUUUUGGCGGAACAAAAAAUCCAAUAGAAUUGGCCCGGUGAGGCGUAUCAUAAAGAGAAGGGUAGAUCGUCGUUCACGGACUCCCAGAUUGAACUGGUGGAAAAUUAAGAGGUCCCAAAACACAUCAGAUAAAUUCAUAGCUUCCUCUGAUAAUGCACACAUACAGAAUGUGAACACCAACAAUAACAGUCCGGAUCCUCCGAUGGCUCCACCAUGUGCACCUUUGCUUCCUCCUCCAUCGUCAACGUUCUCAGCCAGUUUCAACGUCCCAGACUGGAAUCUACCUACGGUGUCAGGAUCACUCAGUCCCAGACAAUCAAAGUACAAGGCAAAUAUCAGCACUGCUCUGGUGUCUGAGCUCAAAAUGCGUCUGGAACAGAAAAUGAAUGAAGAUACUCAAAAACUAUACUUAUAA